AUGGCAAGAACAAAACAAGGAAAACCAAGUAAUAAUAAAUUUAGUUUCUCACCUGAGGAAUAGAGCAUGUGUAAUAACUCUUGGGAAAACAAAAAAAAUAUAUAAAAAAAUAAAUAAAAAAAGAAACACAGAUUCAGACCUGGAACUAUUUCAUUAAAAGAGAUUAGAUAGUAUGUGUUUAAUAUUAAAUUUAGAUUAUAAUUUACUACGAAUCUAUUGAUAAGAAAACUACCCUUCUAAAGAUUAGUAAGACAAAUUUCAUAAAAUUCUGAGAAAGAAUUCAGAUUUAGUUAAUCUGCAAUGUAUGCUUUACAAGAAGCCACAGAAGGUUUCAUUGUUCAUCUAUUUGAAGAUGCAAAUCUAUGUUCACAUCAUGCUAAGAGAGUUACAUUGUUAACAAGAGAUUUGUAUUUGGCUAUAAGAAUAUAAGGAAUAGAAUAUUGA